GCCCUGUUAGCUGCCAUUCCAGCUGAGGCGGUAUUAUUAAUCCGGGUUUAUGCCCUGACCGGAAGCAGGAAGCUAUACAUCGUAAUUCUUGGCCUUUUGCCCGUUACUCAAUGUAUCAUUGUAAUUUAUGCUAUGGCACAACCCGGGGAAAAUAACGAUGCCAAGCUUACCCACACUGUCGCAUGAAAUUGAUUCGAUUCAUGUCUGCAUAUUAUUCUCCAACCCACUAAUGGACACCCUUUACUUGGCAUUGUCUAUCCUUUUCGACAGCUAUAGUAACCACAGGAUAAUUCCUACUACCCUCCUGCUCCAGAGAAUCCAGCGCGACGGGACGCUGUAUUUUGGCGUCAUACUCACUGGAAAUGCCCUCUGGAUGCUUUUUGCCCUGUGUGGUCGGGUAAGCCGCUCUGUAACUAAUAACAUUCAUUUACGUUGCCGACGACUCAUUAGCCCGGUUUGAAAUUGAUGAACGCCCAGUACGUGUUUUUAUUUAAUUUCCGCGACGGUUGAUGAAUAUUCGAACUCCUAGAGCCAGUAUGAUGUAAGUAACCGAACUUCAAUCACGAGCCUGAAGCCGACGUAUCUUGCGCAGACUUACAUCUGUUAUGAUCAGUCGUUUGACGUUAUCCUUACGACGUAUGAGCCAUGAACGUUAUUCUGCUUGGAGCUUCAAAGUUUUCGAGUUUAGCGAUACUUUGGCGGACAAUGAACUGUUGAGGGCAGGGAUAUCUUGAAGUAAGCAUCGAGCACAGACAAAUAUACACAAUUUGUCACCACACUCUGUUGUUGAAAGCGGCGCAUAAUAUCUGAAGGUUUUCAAGCUUCGGUUAAAGGCUCGUAUGGUAAUACAAAACUUUCGAUUUCUCUAUUCUAUGUCAUGAUGUUCUAUUGAUUCACAAAUCCGCC